AAUUAAUUUAUUUUUAGCUAAACAUUAAAAAUAAUUGAAAUGUUGGACAAAAUUUACAAAAAAGGUGACGAAUUUCCGGCUCGUGGUAACACUAACCUACUUCGGUUUUAUAGCAGCCCAACAUGUCCAUUCUGCGAGCGAGUUAAAUUGGUCUUGGUUGCUAAAAAUAUUGAGUAUGAAACAAUCAACGUGAAUCUAGUUGAUUCACCUGACUGGAUUCGCGAGCGUAACCCAGGGGGACAAUUGCCCAUCAUAGAGUUUGGACCGGACAACAAAGUGCUAUACGAGUCGCUAAUAGUGUGCCAAUACCUGGACGAGGCGUACCCCGAGACCCGACCCCUACAGUCCCGGGACCCGUACGAGAAGGCCAGGGAUCUGAUAUUUAUUGAGCUAUUUAGCAACUUAUGGGGUCCCGCAUCCAGACCUUUCUUUAUGUCGGCUGAUUUGUCGGCCGAUUGGCCACAGAUUGUCAAUGGAUUCAAAAAGUUAGACAAAUUGUUAGCCGACAAAAAAGGAACAGAGACAUUUUUAUCAGGUGCGACACAGCCCGGGCUCGUCGAUUACAUGAUAUGGCCCUCCAUUGAACGCCUUCCGCUAUUUGUAGACAUCGCGGGUCAUAACGGGGCUGACUAUUUGCGGCGAGAGUUGCCAACUGUCAACAAUUACAGGAGACAAAUGUCUGGCAACACUACUGUUCAGAGUGCUGGCCUACCCGUAGAGACCUUUAUGGAAAAUAUGCGCGAUCCGUACCCACCGCGGCUUAACCCCGAUGUGUUGCGGGUAUACAGCCAACAAAACAGUCCGUUCGCUUACCGGGUGCUCAUG